AGGCGGGGUAUGGUUCAACACGAGCACAAUUGAGCGUGACACACAAAACAAAAAAAGUUUCAGCCGUUGAAAGAAACAAACUUACAGCGAGUGAAGAAGCUGAAAAUGUCUGAGCUUAGUGACGAAGCUAGUGAAUCAGAGCAACUGGGUGCCAGCCUCUCCCUGUGGCUGGGUGACACCCUGGUGCGACCGGAGGAGCUGGACGUCCCCUUGGACCUCCACACCGCCUGCUCCAUCGGCCAGUACGACGUGGUGGCAGAGUGCAUCAGAAAACGUGAGGUGGACCUGGAUGGCAAGAACAUUGGAGGAUGGACCCCACUGAUGUAUGCAUCUUACAUAGGCCAUGACAACAUUGCAAAUCUCCUGCUGGAGGCCGGUGUGAAUGUAAAUGCUACCACUGCCAAAGGAUUAACCCCCUUGAUGCUGGCAGCAAGCUGCGGGAAUGAAAGUAUCGCAUACUUUCUGCUGCAGCAAGGUGCUGAGUUGGAGCUGAAGGACUCUCGAGGCUGGACCGCUCUGUUCCACUGCACGAGCACAGGCCAUCAGCAGAUGGUCAAGUUCCUGCUGGAUAAUAACGCUGAUGCCAAUGUCAAGGAGCCAGGAUCUGGUUUCACUCCCCUGAUGGAGGCGGCUGCUUCUAGACAUGAAAUCAUUGUUCAGUUCCUGCUUGAUCAUAAAGUUAAAGUAGAUGACCGCAAUGCUAAAGGAGAGACUGCCCGUGCCCUAGCCAUGAUGUAUGGAUAUACCAAGAUUGUCAGCCUCAUUGACUUACGUACUCCAAGGAUCAAACCGGGACAUUUUGAAGACCUGAGCUCCUCCGAGGACUCGGACAGCGCACCUCUGAGGAUAAGGCCGAGUCGAAACCGAGUAAAAGGCGUUAGCAUCCAUGAUGGGCCCCAGGCCAUCGCCAAGUUCCGAGUAGGAGGCUCCAACAAACUGUGUGAGCCUCCUGCAGUGCCACCAGGCUACGUGGCGUUUCGUGAUGUUGGUGAACAGAGUGGGGGCAUCUGCUACCGUGACGUGACCUCACCCAUCAAUGAGCUUGACGGCCAGAGCAAUAGCAGCAGAGAUGACAGUCCAUUCUUUGACAAUGACAUGCCCACCAUGAGGAGUAGCAGCAGCAGCAGCGAGGGUCUGCCUCAUGUGAUUGGCCUCAACUGGGAAGGCUCUGUGGAGAGUAACGAGGACUCCGACCAGAGCAAAAAGAGCAGCUCUCGCAGAGUAAAUAAGGGCCAUCACUCAAAAGGCAAGAGUCGCCAUGGAGGCAACAAUGCUGCUCACUCCACUGGUACAAUGAACUGUGGGAUGCGGCCACAUGUUGGUCUUCCACCUUCCUACACUGGUCCAAAGGAUCUGGCAGAGUUCUUGGAACAACUUGGCUUUUCUAAGUAUCUCCCCUUACUCGAGGAGCAAGACAUUGACCUGCGGAUAUUUCUCACCCUGACUGAAAACGAUCUAAAAGAAAUAGGGAUCACAUUGUUUGGACCCAAGCGUAAGAUGACCUCAGCUAUUGCAAGAUGGCACAGCAGUGCUCGACCGCCCAGCGAUGCUCUGGAACAGGCUUACGCUGACCAGCUUGAGGCUGAGAUGCAGGAGAUGGCCAUUCAGCUACACAAGCGCUGUGAGGAGGUGGAGAGCCUGCAGAGCCAGGUGUCUCAGGAGAAGGAACUACGUACUGUGAUGGAGGGAUGUCUGAUGGAGGACAAGAUGGCAUGGAGGAGGGUUCAUGCUGAACUGGUGGAGAACCACCGGCUGGCGCAGGACAUGAGCGCCAUACUGGCAGCAUCCAGGGCCUGCCACGCUGAACUGCUCUCCCGUCUCAAUAAUGAUGGGAAUAGCAGCUCUUAUACUGGCUUGGAAGACAAAACUAAAGGUGAUAUUGGUGUUAAAGCUGGGGAGGACCUGACACACUCCAGUGUUGUAGAGCUAAUCAAGAAGCUGGAUUCCCAUGAAGAAGAACUGGCGGGGACCCUGCAAACCGUGCUUCAGAGCCUGAGGCGACUGAGUGCCACUGAAAAAGUCUCAGAUAACUGGGAACUGCCUUAAACCUUCACAGAGGCCAUUUUGCCGAUAUUUGACGGAGGGUGAUCUAACCACCCUGAACAAUCUCACUGAAAUGGGAGAAGGCCAAAGACAAGGCCGGCCCUGCCGCACUGGAGCAGCUCGGGGAGUGAAGCAGCUGACCUGCUGCUCCUCUGGGAUCGGCUGAUGGACCAGGGCUCGCCAGAUGUGGACAAGGCCAAGGGCAACUGCAGCUACUGCUGGGAAAUGACAAACCGGCAUGAAGGGUACCUGGCCCUCACACGCUUGUGCUGGUGUAUACUGGACUCCUGUAGUUGGGUUGUGAGAAUGCACAGAGAGGAGGAGGGACUGACCGUGGAUCAGAGGCUGUAAUACUGUGAAAAGUUUCUAAACCAACAUGCUCUCUUCCUGUAUGAAAUAUGGUUUAAAAUAUGUUCAUGCCACCAACUAAGAGGAAGAGGUAUAUUUCAUAAAAGUAGUCUAAGUUAAAAUGAUUAGUUCUGCUGUUCUUUGUAUGCUGUUUUUAGGUGACUUAAAUGUCCUGCUGAAUGCAUUUUUAAGAGCUUAAGAACAACGAUGAGAGAAAUGUGCAAAACAGUCAGUGUCAGUAAAUCUUUUUCAUCCACACAUUAUGUUACAGGGAAAGUCUUUAUCAAUCCAUUGUUCUGUAAAUCUGUGUAAACUUUUGCAUACACAGAUACAGAGUUGAGAAUGAAAUGAUAAAUAAAUAUUAUAUUGUAUUUUUUA